AUCAACUUGUGAGUCAUGGUGGUUACUUUAGUAUGUGCUACUAAACGAUUUGCAGCAAUGACAAGAAUUCCUAACGCAUUUCGGGUCUUGAUAAAAAACUUCGUUGUUUACUCUCAAGAAGAAGUAAAUAGAUUAACAUGGCGCACGCACACUUGUGGAGGCCUGAGAAUGAACGACAACGGUGAGAGAGUGAAGCUUUGCGGUUGGGUGUCUGGACUGAGAAAAAUGGGCUCUCAGGGACCGCUCUUCAUUCCGUUGAGGGAUGCAUACGGGACGACACAACUUAUUGCAACAGACAAAGAGACUGUUAGGCGGCUUGCUGACUUGCCUUUGGAAUCUGUUAUUUGCAUUGACGGGGAAGUACAGACGAGACCAGAGAAGAUGAGGAAUGAGGACAUGGAGACUGGAGAUGUUGAGGUCAACAUUCAUUCAUACUUCUUUAUUAACAAAGCAGCGAAACUUCCUUUUGAGAUUUCUCGUGGAUCUCCCCAAGCUACAGAAAUGUUGAGGCUAGAGCAUCGCCACUUAGACUUAAGACGGGACAAACUACAGGCCAAUCUUAGAUUCAGAUCUCAUGCUACCAUGGCUAUUCGUAACUUUCUGACACAGAGAUUUGGGUUUAUUGAAGUUGAGACUCCAACGCUAUUUAGGCCUACUCCUCAGGGAUCUAGGGAAUUUAUUGUGCAGACUAGGCUGCCAGGAAAGUAUUAUGCUUUACCACAGAGUCCACAGCAGGCAAGUUUAAGCAGCUGUUAAUGGUUGGAGGUGUAGAUCGAUACUUUCAGUUUGCACAUUGCUACAGAGAUGAGGAUUUAAGGUCUGAUCGGCAACCAGAAUUUACUCAGGUUUGACUGGUCUAGAUGUCUUGUGUAAUUUUUUCAUUUAGAGCAGUUGUAAGUAACUUAAUGAACAAUAUUACGAUGACUAGUUGGUGGGCUUUCUUUACGAAUUUUCUUUGCUAGCUCUGUUGAACAGAAUGCAGCAGGCAUCUUUUUGUAACGACAAUGUAAUUGUUGGCAAAUAUCUACUUUUUAUUAGCAGGACAGCAAGUAUUGUUAUUUUUGUGCAAAUCAUUUAAUGUGUUUCAGAAGCACAUACAGUAGGUUUCAUUUUAUGGACGCAGCUAUUGCAGUAUCAAAAUGAAGUAG